CACCUCCAAUCAUUGUUAUCUUCUUCUCGAGCUUUAAAAGGGUCUCAAACCCAAGAUCGACAAACAAACCAAAAAUUUGCAUAUCAUAGUAUUAUUUCAUCAUUCCACAGCUACUAUUCUAUGCCAGAUGGCUCCCCCUGCUUCUUCAUACAACAGUGUAACAUCGCUUAUUCUAGUUUUAUGCACUUUGAUAGUUAUUUCUUGUGCUAGUAAUUUCAAUCAGGAGUUCGACAUCACCUGGGGAGGUAGCCGCGCACAGGUGCUAAAUAAUGGCCAGCUUCUUAAGCUUUCUCUAGACAGAGGUUCAGGUUCUGGCUUCCAAUCCAAGAAUGAGUAUCUAUUUGGAAAGAUUGAUAUGCAGCUAAAACUAGUUCCUGGGAACUCUGCUGGCACAGUCACUGCUUAUUAUUUUUCAUCACAGGGACCGACUCACGACGAGAUAGACUUCGAGUUCCUUGGAAAUCUAAGUGGAGAUCCCUACACACUCCACACAAAUAUUUUCACACAAGGGAAGGGGAACAGGGAACAACAGUUUCGACUAUGGUUUGAUCCAACCAUCAACUUCCACACAUAUACUAUUCUAUGGAACCCCAGACAUGUUAUAUACAUGGUUGAUGGCAUACCAAUAAGAGAUUUCAAGAACCUUGAAUCAAGGGGUAUUGCAUUUCCAAAGAACCAGCCUAUGAGGAUCUAUUCGAGUCUGUGGGAUGCCGAAGAUUGGGCGACAAGGGGUGGGCUAAUUAAAACUGACUGGAGUCAGGCUCCAUUUAUUGCCUCCUAUCAGAACUUCAUAGCUGAUGCAUGUACAUGGUCCUUUGGUACAUCUACUUGUGCCUCAGGUACAAUGAAUAAGGCAUGGUGGAAUCAAGACCUUGAUGCAACUAGUGAAGAACGAAUGAGAUGGGUGCAAAAGAAUUACAUGAUUUAUAACUAUUGCACAGACAUGAAGCGAUUCCCUCAAGGUGUUCCUCCAGAAUGUUCGGUAGCUUAGAUUUUGCGUGCUUGUGAGAUGUGGGAGCAUAUUUUUAUUUCAGUUCGAGGUAUUCUAGAGCCCGAGGGGACACUUUAGUUCUUGGAAAAGGAUUGCCAUAUGAUUUCUGAAGUAAAAUAAUGUAUUGCAAUGUACCAAAAAAAAAAGGAAAUCCUCUGUAAAAGUUUAAGGAAUUUAUAAAUGUAAUUUCUAUGAA